GACCGAGUACGGGUGCCGAGCAGGCUCUCACGGAAGUCCAUUCGCCAUUGGGAGGUCCGUAGUGGGUGCUCUGUGCCCUUGUUGCCGAGGGCCUCUUCUUGGGUCAUUCCUGGAGUAGGAGCCGGACUGGGGCUGACACCGGAGCUCCCCCCUGGCCGCCUCGGCGCCUGUGUGACCUCCUCGCCGGCGGGAUGUGGCGACUACGCCGGGCUGCCGUGGCCUGUGAGGUCUGCCAGUCCUUAGUGAAACACAGCUCUGGAACAAAAGGAAGCUUACCACUACAAAAACUGCAUCUGGUUUCACGAAGUAUUUAUCAUUCGCAUCAUCCUAUCUUAAAGCUUCAAAGACCCCACUUCAGGACCUCAUUUCAGCAGUUCUCCUCUCUAACUAACCUUCCUUUACGUAAACUGAAACUUUCUCCAAUUAAAUAUGGUUACCAGCCCCGCAGAAAUUUUUGGCCAGCGAGAUUAGCUGCAAGACUCUUAAAACUUCGGUAUCUCAUACUCGGAUCUGCUGUUGGGGGUGGCUAUACCGCCAAAAAGACUUUUGAUCAGUGGAAAGACAUGAUACCUGACCUUAGUGACUAUAAAUGGAUUGUGCCCGACAUUGUAUGGGAGAUUGAUGAGUAUAUCGAUUUGGAGAAAAUUAGAAAAGCCCUUCCUGAUUCAGAGGACCUUGCAAAAUUGGCACCCGACUUUGACAAGAUUGUUGAAAGCCUCAGCUUAUUGAAGGACUUUUUCACCACAGGUCACAAAUUGGUUAGUGAAGUCAUAGAAGCUUCUGACCUACUUCUCUUGUUAGGUUCACCUGGAGAAACAGCAUUUAGAGCGACAGAUCCCGGGUCUGAAAGUGACAAGCGUUAUAGAAAGGGUCUGCUUGGUGAGCUCAUUCUCUUACAACAGCAAAUUCAAGAGCAUGAAGAGGAAGCACGCAGAGCCGCAGGCCAAUAUAGCACGAGCCAUGCCCAACAGAAGCGCAAGGUGUCAGACAAAGAGAAAAUAGACCAACUUCAAGAAGAGCUUCUGCAUACCCAGUUAAAGUACCAGAGAAUCUUGGAACGGCUAGAAAAGGAGAACAAAGAAUUGAGAAAAUUAGUAUUACAGAAAGAUGACAAAGGCAUCCAUCAUAGAAAGCUUAAGAAAUCUUUGAUUGACAUGUACUCUGAAGUUCUUGAUGUUCUGUCCGAUUAUGAUGCCAGUUAUAAUACACAAGAUCAUCUGCCAAGGGUUGUUGUGGUUGGAGAUCAAAGUGCUGGAAAAACUAGUGUGUUGGAAAUGAUUGCUCAAGCACGAAUAUUCCCUAGAGGAUCUGGGGAGAUGAUGACACGUUCUCCGGUUAAGGUGACUCUCAGUGAAGGCCCUCACCACGUGGCCUUGUUUAAAGAUAGUUCUCGGGAGUUUGAUCUUACCAAAGAGGAAGAUCUUGCAGCAUUAAGACAUGAAAUAGAACUCCGAAUGAGAAAAAAUGUGAAAGAAGGCUGUACUGUUAGCCCUGAGACCAUAUCCUUAAAUGUAAAGGGCCCUGGACUACAGAGGAUGGUGCUUGUUGACCUACCAGGUGUGAUUAAUACUGUGACAUCAGGCAUGGCUCCUGACACAAAAGAAAUUAUUUUCAGUAUCAGCAAAGCUUAUAUGCAGAAUCCUAAUGCUAUCAUACUAUGUAUUCAAGAUGGAUCUGUGGAUGCUGAACGCAGCAUUGUUACAGACUUGGUCAGUCAAAUGGAUCCUCAUGGAAGAAGGACAAUAUUUGUUUUGACCAAAGUAGACCUGGCAGAGAAAAAUGUGGCUAGUCCAAGCAGGAUUCAGCAGAUAAUUGAAGGAAAACUCUUCCCGAUGAAAGCUCUAGGUUAUUUUGCUGUUGUAACAGGAAAAGGAAACAGCUCUGAAAGCAUUGAAGCUAUAAGAGACUAUGAAGAAGAAUUUUUUCAGAAUUCAAAACUCCUAAAGACAAGCAUGCUAAAGGCACACCAGGUGACUACAAGAAAUCUAAGCCUUGCUGUAUCGGACUGCUUUUGGAAAAUGGUACGAGAGUCAGUUGAACAACAGGCCGACAGUUUCAAAGCAACACGUUUUAACCUUGAAACUGAGUGGAAGAAUAACUAUCCUCGCCUGCGAGAACUUGACCGGAACGAACUGUUUGAAAAAGCUAAAAAUGAAAUCCUCGAUGAAGUUAUCAGUCUGAGCCAGGUUACUCCAAAACACUGGGAGGAAAUCCUUCAGCAGUCUUUGUGGGAAAGAGUAUCAACUCAUGUGAUUGAAAACAUCUAUCUUCCAGCUGCACAGACCAUGAAUUCUGGAACUUUUAAUACAACAGUGGAUAUCAAGCUUAAACAGUGGACUGAUAAGCAGCUUCCUAAUAAAGCAGUCGAGGUUGCUUGGGAGACCCUACAAGAAGAAUUUUCCCGCUUCAUGACAGAACCGAAAGGAAAAGAGCAUGAUGACAUAUUUGAUAAACUUAAAGAGGCUGUUAAGGAAGAAACUAUUAAACGCCACAAGUGGAAUGAUUUUGCGGAGGACAGCUUGAGGGUUAUUCAGCACAAUGCUUUAGAAGAUCGGUCCAUAUCUGAUAAACAGCAGUGGGAUGCAGCUAUUUAUUUUAUGGAAGAGGCUCUUCAGGCUCGUCUCAAGGACACUGAAAAUGCAAUUGAAAAUAUGGUAGGUCCAGAUUGGAAAAAGAGGUGGUUAUACUGGAAGAAUCGAACCCAAGAACAGUGUGUUCACAAUGAAACCAAGAAUGAACUGGAGAAGAUGUUGAAAUGUAAUGAGGAGCACCCAGCUUAUCUUGCAAAUGAUGAGAUAACUACAGUCCGAAAGAACCUUGAAUCCCGAGGAGUAGAAGUAGACCCAAGCUUGAUCAAGGAUACUUGGCACCAAGUUUAUAGAAGACAUUUCUUAAAAACAGCUCUAAACCAUUGUAACCUUUGUCGAAGAGGCUUCUAUUACUACCAGAGGCAUUUUGUAGAUUCUGAGUUGGAAUGCAAUGAUGUUGUCCUGUUUUGGCGAAUACAGCGAAUGCUUGCUAUCACCGCAAAUACUUUAAGACAGCAACUUACAAACACUGAAGUCAGGCGAUUAGAGAAAAAUGUUAAAGAGGUACUGGAAGAUUUUGCUGAAGAUAGUGAGAAGAAGGUAAAAUUGCUUACUGGUAAACGAGUUCAACUGGCUGAAGACCUCAGAAAGAAAAAUAGCAAGAUACUCUUGAAUUUAAUUUUCAUUGGCUCCUCCACAUUCCUAAACUUCUGCCGUACUUGCGGAAUCCUUGAGGGCCUUUAUGGAUGAAAACCGUGGCUGCGAAGUAUUGUGAGACUGAAAAUCAUCCUAGAAAGACUAUUGUACUCAGAAUCUGGAACUUAAAACUGUAGAAAAAGGAAGUCAUGUGUUUAAACUAUUUUUCCAGAGGUAGGACUACGGCAUGCAUAUCUUGCCAAGUCUCCGCAGGUGAUCGUUGCCACACGCCGCCACCACCCACUCUGCCCCCGCACCAGUACUCUGGAGAGCUCUUCAUGUUUACAGCGGCACAGUCUGUUAUUUUUAUUAAUGGGCAUGAAAUCGACAUAUAUCUUCUUUUACUAGAGUCUGAUAAAUCAUGUGACUAUUGAAAAUUUGUUAUUUGAACUAUUAUCUAUAGUAGCACGUUCAUUUUGUUUCUGUAGACAUAACCAAAGAAAAUGAAUUUUAAAGGGAUUUAAAGGAGGAGAGGGUAGCAUUGAGUUGUAGAAUUCCAGGUACCUAGGCAACUGUAAAAACCAUAAUCUCUGUGGCAUCAUUUAUACCUACAUACUGUGAUUGUGGUUUUUGGGCCAGUAAUUAUAGGCACUCAGUACUGCUUUCUCAUCUCUCCUGGCUUCUAGCACAUUUCUAAGCAGUCUUUCCCUCUUUGUCUCUUUUUUUCUUAUGUCUCUCACUGUGCCUUCUUAUACAUCAUUAUUAUCUCUUGGUCCUGAGCUGGUGUUUCUCCUCCUCCCUGCUUAUUUACCUUCCUUCAGUGGUUAAAAACCUUACUGAGGUACUGCCAGUGUUGUUUACUUGAGCAGAAGGCAGGCUUCCCACUAUAGACAACUGCAGAUCAACCAAAAUAACCAAUUGAAGAAGAAAAAUGUUUCAUGUCUAUUAUGAUUGAUCUAUUCUGCCAAAGCCAUUUGCUUCUUUCAUAAAUUCACCAUAUUUUGUAUAUCAUAUUGAAUGUGUUUGCUGAAUGUUGGAUCAUGACGUUUUAAUACAGGCUCUUCAUUACCCCCUUCUCUUAACUUAAAAAAGAGGGAGAAGAAAGCUUUCUUCCACUCUGUCUCACCAGAAAACGGCCACCUCAUUUCUCUUGUAGAGCAGCUCGCAUUUGCUGCAUUCACCCCUAUACCCACACAUUCCUUUGCUAGCAUCUUGCGACUAGCUUUCAUCCCUAGCAGAACCACUUCUUACUUCUUUCUAGGUCACCAGUGAUGUCCUAAUCCCUGGUCCACCCAGUUCACCGAAACACUCAUUUUUGUGUGUGUGUUUAUUAGGAAUUUUUAAGUUGAUUGGAAUAUUUUUAUUCUAUUUGACAUUUAUGUACUUUCUGGAAUGGUUAGUAGAAGUGAGUAUAUUUGAAAAAUGGAAAGAUUGGAAUGUUUCUUUUCUUCACUACAGAAUAAAUAGCUUCUUUCUGUUUUAUGUUAUCAGUGUUUGAGGUCUUUAAGGUAUCUUCUCAGGGUUAAAGUGAUUGAAUUUUUAACUUCUGCCUUUGUGAAAUAUUUUUCCUAGUAAGGUGAAAUUGACAAAGCAGCUAAGGAAGAGAGUGAAGGAUUAUUUUUACCUUGAGUCUGCAGAGAUGAAGUAGACUCUGUGUUGUAGUCCAAAAAAGGGAGAGAGAGUGAGUUGACACAAAGAAUAAAGUAAUCCUCAGGGAGAGUCCUGUGUGUUAGAGAAGCAGUUAUUUACAUGCACAGUUCCACACGAUGAGUCCGAAUUGUGUGCUUUCCAGGUUAUUGAUGAGAAAAUUCAGGCUCAAAAUGGAGCUUUUACAAUCAAGCACAUUUUUCAUGCCCUAAGUCUGUCUUUUAAAGACAACAUUGAUGGAUAUUGAUAAAUUGGUACAAGAUUAAAAGGAUAUUUACAGGCUAUUGGUAUUCAGUGCUUUACUAGCAAGUAUAUUCUUUUUUGCUUUAAACUCACAUUUUAACUGAUUAAAAGUGAGAAUAAAGAUAGGAAAGGGCUCUUCAGUAAUUUAUGGAUUGAAUUUUUUUGUUGAUCAUUUUAAAGUGGUUUCUAUUUAUGUGUUAUGUAUUAUGUGCUUGUGUGUAUAUGAUUAUGUAUAAAAAAGACAGCGUACAUUUUUAAAGCUAGAAAUGAGGCUGUUUUUCCCCAUGUUAUUAAUGCUUACCACUCCCUCAGUGAGACUUUAGGAUGAAAUAAUAUCUACGUUUUGGAUUAAACUUUGAUUUGUUUUAUUUUUUAAUUAUGUAUUCUCUCCAUUCUAAGAUGGAAAAAAAUGGAAUCUAGUUAUUGAAAACUAAAUCGAAUUGCAAAACAAUCCAUUGAUCUGUGGAACAGUAUAUUAAAAAAUAAAAUUAAACAAGA